GUUGUACCAGUUGUUUACCAUCACAUCAGCCAUCCUGGCCCCCCGCCACCAUUUGCCUUUUGAUUGCAGGUAGUUUGUCCUUCGUCUUAAACAUGAAUGGCAGUGCUGCCCUGGUCCUGGCUGUGAUACCUCCUGUCAUCUACCUGGGUCUUUGCUUCAAACUCAAGGCAGAUACUCAGAUCACAAUUGCAGCAAUCUUGAGUGUCAUAUAUGCAUUCCUCAUGUUGGUGGUGUCGAUGUCCAUUAUUGGCUCAAUGGUGAAGGACAGAACCAUCCUGACGCCCAGCAGCAUUUUUGUCCUCUCUAUGGCCAUGAUUUACACCAUCACUGCCAUAAUGCAUCCUCAGGAAAUCCAGCUAGUGUUCCACGGCUUUCUCUACAUCCUCUGUAUCCCCAGCGCCUACCUCCUUCUCACCAUCUACUCCAUGGUUAACAUGAACAACGUGUCCUGGGGCACUCGAGAGUCGAAACCUGCUGCCGGAGCUUCCAAGCCUAAAGCCAACAUAACACAACAAACAGCCCAAAAAGCCAAAAGCACCUUCCGCCGGUUGUUUUCAUGCCUCAAAUGUUGCAAGAAAUCCAGCCAGAGAUCUGGAGAAGAGCAGGUCAUUGUCAGCCAGGAAAACCUGAUCCAACAGUCUGAACCCCAGCCACAAAACACUAUUGUGGAGGACAUAAGGAUCCAAGAGGAAGAACAGAAUCAAGUGCAGCCUGUUUUCAACUCUCCUGUCCAAUGUUGGAUCACACAACUACAAAAUGCGUCCACUGACAUGAAACUGCAGGAGGACUCACUUGACAAGGAGGAGGAGAACUUCUGGAGAGAACUUCAGGACAAGUAUCUACAACCUCUGUCAGAUGACAAAGAAAAACAGAAAAAGAUUACCAGUGACCUGAGAGACCUGAGAAACAAGAUAAACUUCGCUUUCUUCAUCAUGAAUGCCCUGUGGCUGGUGGCGACAUUUACCCUCCAGCUUUCCGAGGCCUCCAUCUCCAUCAAGCUCCCCAAGGUCAACCUCGAACUUGAGUACACCGGAGAAGACGUACAAAUUGAUCCCAUUGGCUUCAUGUUCAUUCUGGGAUUUGCUAUAUCAGUUUUGAUCCAGUUUGUUGCCAUGCUGUACCACAGAAUCUACACUUUGAUACAUUAUGUAGCUUUUCUGGAAACAGAGCCGAAAGAGCAGAAAUCUGAAAAAGAACAAUUAAACGUCACUUCACACAAAAAGAUCCGCUCUGUGUCUCAAGCCAGCACCACUUCCACCCUCCAGGUUGAGUCUGACCCUGAGGACAGUGAUGAUGAGUUUAGCCUUUCCACGACAUUGUACCACAGAAGCAAUAAUGGAGGGACUAUGGUGUAAACACAGACCGUCCACAACCAACACUUUUUAGCACUUUGAAACAUACUGUAUGUGUUAUUUGAAGAAAACAAAUUUUUAUUAUGUGGAUUAUUUAUGUUAUGUUUACAUUAAGUUCAGUGCAAUUUAUUUAUAAGAAUCUUGCUUUGAAGGAACUCAGGGACAGAAAAACACAACCUCUAAAAACUGUUGUUGUGUUCAAAUGAGGGUAAUAUCAGGUCAGUAACUUUAACAAUGUUAAGGCUAUUAAUGAAGGAUCUUAAGUUAAACUGUAAAUCUUAGUUUUCUUUGACUUUCCUUCUUCUGUGUUUACUGUAAUGUCACAACUGUAAUGUGAAGAUGGAUAAAUGAAGUUUAAAAGCAUCUACUGUCACAGAGAAAACUCAUGAAGUUCUUUUAAUGGUGAAGAAAUCCAGCCGGAGGUUUGGUGAAUCAUUAACUGAAUCCUAAAGAUCAGGGAAGUCUUAAAUCUGGGAUUUUUUAAGAUAAAUGUCAAACAGGUUAGUUGAUAAGCUGUUUUUAGAGAAUGAAAUACUGCACCGCACUGAUCAGGACAGCACACACCGUAUUAUAGUUUUUGCUGUGACUGCUGGACGUCUUUAUCAAGUGUAUUUAUAUGCACAUGCACAAGGUGACCCUUUUUUAACCUUUUUUCUGGAAUUGUAUCUUUAAAUCACAAGAUAUUAGAAGAAAAGUUGUACAUUCUUUGUAUUACUCUUAUAAUCAAUUGCUUGUAAUAAUAAAAAAUAAAAAUAAAAUAAAAAAUUCUA